AUGGGAGACCCUAUGGGCAACAUGAACUACCUUAUUGAACCAAAUAAGACAUUACGAAUGGAGAAGCUUCUGGUUGCUCGAAGCAAUGCAAAGUUGGCGAGGUUUUACCAGUCAGUGCAGAGAAAAAUGAGGGGAUCGAAGACCGAUGCCAUGGUGGAGUGGUUCAACAGAACUCUCGAGGAACACCUUGUCAAGGUUGUGGCCGAGCAUCAACAGGAUUCAGAUCAAAACAUCCAGUUGCUCCUGAUGGCAUAUAGGUCUGUCGUCCAUGACUUCACUGGGCAUAAGUUGAGGCUGCCUUGUGACAUAAAGUUCGGCCAUCUUCGCCAAGAACCGACCAGCACCACUGUCAAUGUCAAUUGCCUGGAGGAACGAAUGUCACUCAUGCACAAUCAAGCUUCUAAGAACCUUCUAGUAGCGACAAACCGAACGAAGACGAGGAAUGCCCUGAAAUCUAACUCGACUGGUUAUUAUGGAAGUGACUUGGUGUGGCUGUACAACCUGCAGUGA